AUGGAUCAAGAAACCGCACAAGCAUUAUUUAAUAAGAGUGCAUUUCUACUUUUUUUAAAUGCACCAAAAGGGUUGGAGUUUGGAAUAGAUUAUAAUUCUUGGGAGAUCGGGCCAAAAUUUAAAGGAGUUAAACUUAUCCCCCCAGGCUUACAUUUUGUAUAUUAUAGCACAUCAGACAAGUCCCAAGUUUCCGGACUUAGGAAUGGAUUUUUUAAAUUUUACGAAUCACAAGAGAUAGUAAUUAAAGAAUGGGAUUCCUCGAUAGAGGAUCUAAAAAGGGAUGAGGAUAUGGAUCCCGAGCAAAACGAACGAUUAAAUUCAGAUAUGCGACAAUUCGAUCAAUUCUUAGGUGCCUAUCCUCUUUCUCCGUCAACAAAUUGGGAGAAAUGGGUUCAUCUGACAAACUUUAUAACACCAUUGCUAAUUGAACGUGUGUUGCCACAUAAUGGAAAAUUGAGUAAUGCUUCUUCAUCAACUGUUGAUGAAGAAGAAUUACAAAAUAUUGGGGGAUCGAAUUUUAAAGAAGAUACUGUCAUGUUCACAAAGUUUGACUUAAAGAAAAGUUGGAGAUCUGGUGCAGUUGGACAAGAGAUAACAAAAUAUAGUCAGGAUAAGAGUUGGCUAUUAGAAGACCUUCUUAAAAAUGUUUAUAAUAAUGAUUACAAAGAACUUUUAGGGGAACUUCAACUUUCUUUUGUUUGUCUACUGGUGGCACAGAAUUUCUCUGGAUUUACGCAAUGGAAAAAUCUAGUGCAGCUUAUUUGUACAUGUGAAGAGGCAAUAAACACUUAUGCGGAUACGUUCUUCACCGAUUUAAUUGAUGUGAUAAAAUUCCAGCUGGAUGAAUGUCCGCAAGAUUUUUUUUAUGAUGUGAUAUCCGAAAACAAUUUUCUUUCUUCUGUAUUAAAGACUUUGUAUAAAAAUAUUUUGGAAUUGGCAUUGACGACUGAGCCUUCAUCUUCUCUCCCGGUGGAUACUCAACGAUCAAAAAGACUUCAUAAUCUUAGGCGUAAGUUCGAAAAGUUUCGUGGUUUUCUCAACCGAAAAUUUCACUGGGAGAUUGCUGGAGAUAGUAAUAAUGAUGAGGAAGAGGAAGGUGAGUAUGCUCCGGUUGUUGUAGAGCUACCUGAAGAAAGUAGUGAUAUUGUUUAUAUCACCGAAUUUUCUGUGCAAGAUUGA